CCUCUCGCGCUCGGAGAAAGGUAUCGAGAAGCAGAACUGCUCCAGACACCUUCAUAAUCGACCCCACUAUCACUCUUAUUAGCAACGGUCCUCGAGUCCCGGCUGUUCCGCUGCUUGAUCUGUAAAAGGCCAACUAAUCUUGGGCUCCAAGCCACCAGCUCUCUGCCCCGCCAUCACACGGGCAAUCUUCUUCAACCAUCCCACCUUCCCGCGCUCAGGUCUACGAAAUUCUUCAAGGCACCCUAUCUGCAGCCUUCCACACUCUUUAUCAUUCGCAGAAUUCUAGUCGAGUUCCCUGCUCACUGCAGAAAGGAUCGGUGCUGCCUACCACCGACGGAAUCAACCAAGCUCUGGCCCACCACCUUGCAUACCUAGCUUCUUCUCCUCGCGUCUGCCGUAAAGGCAGAAAGUUGCAGGAACAAGAUGUCAAUAAACUGGGUUAUGACAUCGCCCAACGAGGCGGGCUUUGUCAAACUCCCGAACGAACGAAUCCUCUUCACAUCUCCUCCGCGAACGCAUCUACAAAUAUCCACGCCGAACACGUAUCCCGGGACGGAGCCUUUCUCCGCUAAGAGCGAUGCCGGAGUUGUGUAUAUCACAAAUCAACGAAUAGUCUACCUACCUUCGACCUCCACCCCCGAGCUCCAAUCCUUCUCCGCACCCAUACUCAACCUCCAAGAUACCUACGUGCGAGCACCAUUCUUUGGUGCCAAUUACUGGGUCGCACUCUGCAAGCCAGUCCCAGGAGGUGGCAUCCCACCCAAUAACGCAGCUGUCGAGCUACGAUUUACAUUCCGAGAGGGAGGAGCCUUCGAUUUCCACUCGACCUUCGAGCAAAUAAAGGAGCGGUUACACCAUGCAUACACAAUGGCGCGAGAAAGCGGAAGACAGAAUGUCGUGGACGUCGACUUAGAGCAGCUGCCAGCCUAUGAGCCGGCCCAGGAGGUGGAGAGCGAGGAUGAGGGGCCAAGGAUACUGAGUCCGAUUCCAACAAGACCUCAGGCCAGAGACAGUGGCGCCGCUGAUGCGUUCCAAAAUCGGACAGAGACCUCACCGCCGAAUUUCACCGCCCCCGAUGAACCACCACCCGGGUACGAAGAGGCGCAGGUGCAGGCUGUUGGCAUCGAGUUGGACCAGAGGUUGCGAGAAGCCGCAGAGAGGCAGCGGGAUAGUGACGCAAGCCCUUGAUUAGCGUUGCAGAUCAAUCUCGAUUGAAGAUAGAUAUUCUUUGGAAGGGUUUUAGGGAUGGAAAAAGGCGUAAUAUCUCUGGCGAGAAUGGGUUGCUCAUUGAUGGCAUUGGCGCAGGGUGUUGAGAAGUGAUAAUUUUGACUGGAAGAUGAGAUAGACCAUGCUCAGUACUCAUAGAUCUUUGAAUGCCAAAGUCAUUCCCCCACCG